AUUUGGUAAAAAUGCUUCUUCAAAAUGAGGUAGUUUUUGUUUAUUCAUUUAUUCUGUUGGUGGGUUCUAAAGGGCUGGAAACUAGAGCCUUUUCUGCGGUCAAUGUAGAAAUCCAGAAUUACAAACUUAUGGCGCCAAAUCCUAAGUUUGCAAAGGCUUACAAGGCUAUGAGAGCUCUCGGUUAUCCUCAGCAUAUUGUAAAACCUGUAUUAAAGAGUCUUUUGGACGUGUAUAACCAAAAUUGGCAGCAUAUUGAGGAUCAGAACUAUACUGUUCUGGUGGAUGCUAUUCUUGAGAGUGAGGAAUGCAAGGAAAGGGAACAGCAGAAAUUCCACUUAGUAGAUGAGCCAGAAGAGGAUGAGCCACCAUUGAAAAAGUCAAGAUUGAGAAGUCAAGCUGUUCAAGCUUUGUCUUCUCCUGGUGAUUCCAGCCCAAGUUUUAAAGGAACUAUGGAUAAGCCAGUUCAUCAUGUUGAAUAUGUAAUUCCUGAAUCUAAUGGGAAGGAAAAGAUGAUUGAGUCGGUUCAUGUUCAUCUCUUUGAUAAUGAAACAGAAGCCAAGGUCCUGUCUCCGGUGCCACAUUAUCGAAGAGAAGUGAAAACCACUACUCCAAAUUCUUCUUCAGGAUCAAAACCAAAAAAGAAAAUUCAAGUGUCGGCUCAUGAUAAAACCAACGAGUCUGAUUUGCUCUCACCAGGAACACAACUUAAUGAGAAUUAUGAUACUUACACCUCCUGUUCAAUCGUUCCCAGAAUGGUAGAUGAAACAGGUAAAAAAGAGCUGUUGCCUGAUGACCUAUCAGAGCUUGAGGUUCCUCUCUCUGUAGUUCUUCCUGGUGAUUCUUCUAAUGCGAAAGUACAUAUUUCAACAUCCCUUGAAGUUAUUGAUCUCGACAUGGAAGAUACAAAUAAUGUGGAAUUGUUGACUCAAGGUGAUUCUUCUAAUGCAAAAGAACCUUUUUCAACAUCACUUGAACAGAUUGAUCUUGACAUGGAAGAUCCAUCUGCAUUCUCUCUAUGUUAUGAAGAUGAAUCUUCAAGUGGAAAGGAUUCUCUUCCUCAAGGAAAUUGUCUGGAAUAUGAAUGUUCAGUUGCAACAAAAGAGGAAAAUAAAUCCUCAACCUCUUCACAAAUAGACAUUGCUUCUUCUUCCAGCGGGGAGGUUAAACUUUCUAUAAUCUAUGAAUCUUCCCUUCCAUCAAAUUUUUGUAUUCCAAGUUUAGAUGCCCUCUUUAGGCGGAUGGAGGAAAAGCUUCAUAAAUCAUACAGAAUCAAUCAAUCUGGUUUCUCUGUGAUGAAUCUGAUGAAAGAUAUAUGUGAGGGCUUUUUAGCAGUGGGGACCAACACCACUCUUGAUGAAGGAGUAAGUUCUGCUGAAGCACAUGCCAAUCCAGUUGCUCCUAGAAUUUUAGAUACUCAAGAUGUUUUAAAUAGGAAUGUCAGUCAUCAAGUUGGUUUUUGCGUUGCACCGAAUAUUUCACUGGGGCCUGUAGAGUUUCAAAGCCUAAAUGAAGCUCCACCCAAGAUUCCAAAGUUUCAAAGUUUGAAUUGUUUUGACUUAAGCCGCUGCAAGAUAGAUUUAACCAUGCAGGGGACCUUCAGUGAACGGAACAAAAACAGUCUAGCACUUGGAGACCAAAAAUCUUCAACUUCAACCAGUAUGGUGAUUGUUCAGACGCAACAUUUUUCUAAUGACAUGCUCAGUUCUGCUUAUUAUAUUGAUGAUAUUACAAGAGGGGAAGAGAAUUUGGAGAUUUCAUUGAUAAAUGAAAUUAACAAUGAGCAUCAGCCUAUUUUUAAGUACAUUCCCAGAAACAUCACUUAUCAAAGUGCGUAUGUUAAAUUUCUUCUUGCUCGUAUAUCUGAUGAGAAUUGCUGUUCCAAUUGCUUUGGAGAUUGUUUAUCUUCCAAAAUCCCUUGUGCUUGUGCUGGUGAAACUGGUGGUGAGUUUGCUUACAUGCCAGGGGGUAUUGUUAAAGAAAAGUUUCUUGAAGACUGUAUGUUGAUGAAUCGGAGUCCCCAGCAGAAAAAUCUUUUCUACUGUCAAGAGUGUCCACUAGAAAGGUCCAAAGAUAAAAACUUAUCUGGCAAAUGCAAGGGCCAUCUUGUCAGGAAGUUUAUAAAAGAGUGCUGGUAUAAAUGUGGUUGUAUUAAGGAUUGUGGCAAUCGCGUUGUUCAGCGAGGCAUAACAUGCAAAUUGCAGGUGUUUAUGACACCCGAAGGAAAAGGAUGGGGUCUUAGAACCCUUGAGGACUUGCCUAAAGGUGCCUUUAUUUGUGAGUAUGUGGGAGAAAUAGUGACCAACAUGGAACUUUUUGACCGAAAUUCACAACACACUGGAAAGAAGCACACAUAUCCUGUGCUGCUAGAUGCGGACUGGUGUACCGAAGGAGUCCUGAAGGAUGAGGAAGCCCUUUGUUUGGACGCUACCUUUUAUGGAAAUGUUGCUAGAUUUGUCAAUCACAGAUGUGACGAUGCAAACUUGGUUGAGAUUCCAGUUGAAGUGGAGACUCCAGAUCAUCACUAUUACCAUCUUGCUUUUUUCACGACAAGGAAAGUUGAUGCUUUUGAAGAGUUGACGUGGGACUAUGGCAUUGACUUCAGUGAUCAUACUCAUCCAGUGAAGGCUUUCAAGUGUGGCUGCGGUAGUCAAUUCUGCCGAGACAAGAAAUCUUUGAAAAGUGUUAGAUCUCGCGGAUAAUUCUCAGAGAAUGAAGCUGGAAAAGGGUGUCCAUGCUUUGAUAUUCUGUGUUGCAAUCUUUUUUGCUUGUUUUUAAGGUGGUCUAUGCUAAUUAAGAGAUCAAUUGCAUGUAGUGUUAUGCACCAUACUUAGUCAUACUUCUGUCAAAUUCUCAACAGUGGCAAGGGAUAACGGAUGUAGUUGGCGUGCGUAGUACAGAAUUGGUUGAUUAAAAGAAUUUCCAUGUUGAGAGCUACAAUUUACAGCACUCUAUGCAAACACAUAUGGUUUCAGUUGCUAAAGUUUAUUGGUUUAAGGGCGCAUACAGUUAUGUACAAUACAUUUGUCCUUUUUGU